UACACAUGAUGCCUAACUUACGGACUCACUAACAAGUCUAAGAAAUUGAAAAAUAGUACAGUAUUUCACUGAUCUACGCAAACCCAGCUUUGACCUACAUAUUUUGCCACUCUUAACUCUUACAAAUCAGAAGUUUAUAACACUUCAGCUAUCAAUAUGUCUGAAAAGUGCAUCUAAUGACAAACUCCGAAUAAAAAUUACGGUAUAAUAAUGCUAUAAAUUUCUAUAUCACGAUUUUAACUUUUACUGAUUAAAAAAAAAAAAAGAGGACAUUUAGUUGAUUGCCCUGACCUACUCCUACAAGUGAGAACUAUUCGAAUCGAAUGACGAUCGCGCGCAGGUAGUUGGGGCAGUGGAAAAGUAAAUAUGUCGGUACGCCCCCCUUGUUCAGUGACAACACAGUUCUUUCCCCUGACCAUCCACAGUUAUGUCCCCAUUGAGUGUGCAUCUUCACCCGAUGUAAAACUAUAUAUAAAUACAGACAAGUCUCACUUGGGAUAGGGGAGACCCAUAUUACUCUGAAGAAGUGUUCGGUGAUUGUGUGUUACUGUGAUCUAUUCAAUGCAACUUCAUAUUGAUAGUGUACCGUUUAUUGGGAUAAUACAGCUUUAAAGUAUCGCAUAAAAUGUAUUUAAAAGAAAUAAUAAUAUAAACGACGUAUUUACUAGUCGGCUGUUUAUAUUCUGUAUAGAGUAGUGCUAUCUUAUAAGUUAUUAUAAGGCAAAAACUAUAUGUGUUUAAUUUAGUUCCGUUGCAAUAGUAAGCGACUUAGCUAGAGUUUUAAUAAAAUAGUGUGUGACAUCAGAGAUACAAGGGUGCAUAACCUCUUUUUUUUAUUCGUAACCUCGGAGUUCUGAGAAUCAGGAUUAUCGUCCCUACUCUUUUGCUUGGCCGUCAAGUUUAUUACUUUUGUUUAUGGAUGGUUGUGUGGUCUCACAUCAGAGGAGAGGACUAUUUGAACAAGUGUCUCUGUGAUAGAUUUGAAAACAUCUCUGUCUAGCUCUCUUUCCCUUUUACACACACGCGUUUUUUUCCGUCUCUCGUUCUUAUUUUGAAUACAGCCUGUGCCCUGUAGUGUGAUAAAUUUCUUUCCAGACACUUGGACGUGAACUGCCGUUUGUGUUUCAUGUGAUGUGUUUCCAGGAAACACGGUGACCAGGAUUAUCUUGUCUUAUUCGAUAAACAUGAACGGAUAGUUAUAACAAGAAUUUCCAUUUUGGAUUUUGUGUGUGUGUGUGUUAUUGAUUCUCCGAGGAGAUAUCCAGAUCUGGAACGAAUUCGUGAGCAACUGUAAGAUUUAUGCAAUAAAAGAUUGCAAGGUAUUUGUAUGAUUGUCACGCCAACACAAACCGUCAGCCAACCGAAUUCGUUUAUUCAUGUCGUCUGCGGCUGUCAGGGAUAACCGCUCCGCAUGAGUAGCCACUCUCACAGGGGGAGCAUGGAUGACCACUCCUCCACCUCCUCCGGGGAGACUCCCCUGGAAAUGGAUCCGGUCAUGCACGAGAACUUUCUGGCCAUGAUUGCGCAGCACGAGCAGGUGCGAACAUUGUUUGUCAGUGGAUUACCCAUGGAUGCUAAGCCAAGGGAACUGUAUUUGUUAUUCAGAGCCUACAAAGGCUACGAAGGAUCACUUCUCAAAAUCACUAAUAAAAAUGGCAAGAACACAUCUCCCGUUGGAUUUGUCACGUUCAGUUCUAGAAUGGCAGCGGAAACAGCCAAGCAAGAUUUGCAAGGUGUUCGCUUCGACCCGGACCUGCCCCAGACUCUGAGGCUAGAGUUCGCCAAGUCCAACACGAAGGUCACCAAACCCAAGCAAGCCUCGCCCCAGCCUGCCGCCACACACCCCACCACAAUCAUUCACCCUAUCACUGGACAGGAAUUAGGGGCUGCCUUUUUUCCUGGGGGCCCAGAGGCAUGGGCCACCGCGCCUACACUAGCACCAUUUCCAGAACUUGCACCAGCACCGCCCCCAGGGGCCGGGCUACCGCACCCUGCCCUAAUACCCCAUCACCACCCAGCCGCACUUGCGCAAAUGCCAUUACGGAUUCCGAUGCGGGUCAGCCCUAUCUUUGCCCCGCCUCCAAUGCGUAAUGUUCAGCCUACAACGAUUAUAGGUCCACCCCCCAAUCCAGUAGCUGCGAGUGUUCCUACAGUUGGACAGCCGACGCUAGUCUCUGCUCCUAUGUUAGCUAGCCCGGAUGACUGGAGUUUGUCCAAUGGAAAUUACUUCAAAAUGCCUACACUUACAUACUCCUGGCAUCAUCCAUGUAUGACGUCUAGUCCUGUCAUGUACUGUUCACCUACUUCCUCUCCUGAAAAUGCCGCAUUAACUAUUCCAACCUGUAUACCCACCUCUACGACCACAGGUCUUUCACUUGCCUCGCCAUGUUCUACAUUAUUUGUUGCCAAUUUGGGUCAGUUCAGUUCGGAACAGGAACUCAAAGAUUUAUUUAGCAGCUUUCAGGGGUUUGUUCGACUCAGAAUGCACAACAAAGGUGGUUCACCAGUCGCUUUUGUAGAGUUUCAGGAUGUCAGGCAGGCACAAGAGGCAAUGACAAGGCUCCAAGGAUUCGUCUUACUUUCAUCAGAUCGUGGCGGCAUCAGGAUUGAGUAUGCUAAGAACAAGAUGGGGGAAGUUUACUUUCUGCCACCCCAGUUUCCAGGAGGUAAAGAAAUUCCUAUAGUGCAGUCCCCUGUUUCUAUGGCAGCAGUCUUCUAGCCUUCGAUGAGAAAAAUGCACGAAUACCCCCAACAGCUCUUGUAGAAAUCAGAUGAACAUUUCUUGACAUCAUUCUGUGCUGUUUGAUAUACCAACGACUUUAUAUGUAAUAUCAUCGAUGUUUGUAGAUAUACUAUGUUCUAAUAUGACGGUUAUCUUUCUUCUUGCAACCGGCUGGGCUGGUUAUGUUUAUUUUUGUUUUCUUUUCUUACAAAUUUAUGAAGACAUGGUUUAUUAUUUUUAAAUAUUGUUGCGAUACUUUUUAUGCCUUUUAUCAAUGAAAAAAAAAAAAAGGUUGCAUAGAACUGUUUUUUUUUUUGUUUUUUGUUUUUAUUUUUUAAAAAGCUAAUUUUAGUUCUCCAAAAAAGUGUUUCCCAACUCCUUACACUUUAAAGUAUGCAUUUUUUUUUACUAGCAAAACUAUUAACAUUUUAAUUAAGAACAAUAUAGUUAUUGCUAUUUGGGUAGGAAGGGCGUCUCUCCCCUAUAUUUAGAAAACGUGGACAUAAUCAUGAUACAAUGUGAGGUAAGGGAAGGAUAAUUAACCCUAAACCUCUGAAGUCAAUAUUCAAGAUAUUCUGUUGUAGCAUUAUUUAAUGAAAAUCAAAGAUGUCAAGCAUUUUGCAUCCAUUUCUUUUAUAUUUUCAUUUCUAUUUUUUUUUUUUUUUUUUACAAAUUUAGAUGCAAUUGUUUCAAUAAAAUGUUUGUGUAUUGCAUAAUAUUAAAUUUUAUAAGCUGCAUGAUUUUUUUUGUUAGGUUAUAUGUAUUAUAUAUUUUUUAACUAUACAUUUCAAUAUUUAUUGGAAUAAUAAAGAUAUAAAUUAUGUAAUAAUUUUAAUAAUAUAUAUUUAUAUAUAUAUAUGAAAUAUGUAGAUCGCUAUACAAUUAUUUUUUUUUAGCUUUUUUUUCCUCUACUUGUGUUUGAUUCUGUUCAUAAACUUGCAAAUCUUUUUGUUUUGUUUUUAUUUUAAAAACUGGAAAUUAUUGAUGUAUGACAAGAGUAUAUGUAGCCUCCUUGUUGCAAAUAAUGGCAAUAAUUACAAACAAAUGCUUCCCGUUGUUUAGGCUUAGUGUUAAACAAAUCAAGCAGCUAUUGACAAAAAAAAUAAAGUUUAAUGGUGUAAAGAUAUUUCAACAAAACCAAUAAUAAUAAUAAAAAAAGGUUAUUUUAAUGUGUAGGUAUUAGAAAUCAAAAUAUCUGGGGUUUUCUUUUGUUUUGUUUUUUUAAAUUUUAAAUUGUAACUCACUAGGGAAAACAAAAACAACUUGGGAGAUUAUUUUACUUCUAUUUUUGUCAGAAAUUCAAAUAUUUAAGUUUGCAUACGUAACAUUUUUAGAUACUAGCUCAGUGUAAACUUGCAUAUAUUUUACAUUCAAUUAGUUAACAAAUAAUACAUUGAAUUGUUUGUGAGGGGAAGAUUAAUAUGGAAGGGAUGUGACCAUGUGUUUAUUUAAGAACUGAAAAUCUAAAAAUAAGUAUUUUGACUCUAUGAGCUGUAAAUCUGAAUACCUCAAGCUAUAGACUCUGACACAAGACUUUGUAUUCUAAGAUCAUAAGUUUCAUCAAUUUUAUUUUUUUAUUUUUCUGUAAGAAAUAGUAAAAAAAAACAACAAUUCUACUGAUAAUUUUAAUCUAGCCAAAGAUUAAAAUCUUAUUCUACGAAAGAAAUGUAUUUUUUAAAACUCAAUUGAUAAUUUUAAAUAAGCCAAAGUUUUAAAUCUUAUUUGUGAGAGAAAUGUAUUUUAAAGAAAUAUUUUUAAAAACUCAACGGAUAAUUUUAAACUAGCCUAAGUUUAUAAACUUAUUCUCUUUAAUUAUUGUUUUUGUAUACUGAAAGAUAAAAAAAAUGAUUGUAUUUAUCUCUUGUAUGUGAUAUUGCCUUGUUGUUUUUUUAUUUGGUGUAAGCUUAUAUUUAUAUAUUGGUGCGUUUGUUACAUGAGAAUAUGAAUUACACUGUUAAACUAAAAAAUUUUGUAUUUUGAACAUAAUUUUAAACUACAAACUGUUUUGAUAUAUUUAGAGUGAGUUUUUUUUUCCUUUUUGUUUUCAAAGUCUGAAUGGCCACCUAAAGUUACCAGCCUCUCAAACUUGAGACAAAUGUUUGGGUAGCCCAGUGCUUUAAUUACCACCUUACCCCAUAAAGUUGAACUUUGUCCAUCAGUCACUUCAUUCAAUUGACUUUAUAAAUGAAACACAAAGAUUCUUCUUUCCCUUCUACCUGUGACAUAAAUUCAAUGAGUUAGGAAGGGGAUAGGAUUUUAACACAACUUGCUUAGUCAACCUUAAUGUUUUUUUAUAUUCAAACAGGCACUAAGGCAGUCCAGAGUGCAUAUAACACCAUACAGGAUGGCUGCCUGGUCAUGUAGCAUGCGCUCUGGAUUGUUGUCACAAUGGUCCCAGACUCAAACCCUGAAUGCUGCCAUCCUGCACCAUCCUGCACCAUCCCUCAGGUGGUUGAUAAUCUUCAACUCGGUUGGAAGUUCCUAAACAUGUAAAACAAAUACACACUUCAGUUGAAGAUGGCAGUGAAAGACAAAAUGUGAUAAUCAUAAAAUAUAAUGAAGUUCUGGAAAUUGUAUUUGUUAACCCUUACUCUUAUUCUUGUUUCAGCAUUUGUCAGUAGAGAAUGAAUGUUAACUCCACUUAUUGAGGCUUAUAUCAAGAUAAAAACUCUUUAUCAAAAUUUAUACAAAUACUUUUUAAGCUCCAUGAUCACAUGUAAAUACGAGUUUGAUUUAUGUUUUAGCUGAUAAUAACUAUAUUACUUUUAUAACAUUUGUCAGAUUUGUACUCCAGUUUUAUAUUUGGAUUCAAAGCAAUUGGUUAACUUUUAUUUUCAACUUCAAUACAAAUCCAUAAUAUUUAAUUUACUUUGUAAAAGGCUCUCUUGUAUUUUCAAUAUUUCAUUUGCAAUUUUUUAAUUAUUUUUUUUUGUGUUAAGAUCAAUGUCAUGGCAAUGUGUGCAAUAAGAUGUAGCUGAGAACACAAUGAGUAAGAGCAAUAUUAAAGUGUUUCUAAAAGAAACACUCAUUGAUAUUUCAGUUUCAAGCAUUAUUGAGCAUUGUUAGUGUAUGAAGGGCACUAGCGUUUUUAAAAUUGCUCUUUCUCUACCUGUUUUUCUUUCGUAACUCUUUCUCCCAUAAUGCAUUUGUAUUUUUCUUCUCUGUUGAUUUUUUUUAAUAAUUUACCUGACUUAAACCUUAAGAAAUCACAUGUUUUCAGUUACAAAUUUGGUAUGCUUUGUGGACUGUCUUUUCAAUUGUCCUGAGUUCAAAUUCUUCCUACCACCAUCCCCAGCCACCUUGCAGGAGGUUUGGGCUAGGAUGUAAUAACCUUCAUUGACUUCUGAAGGAACAUCCGAAUCGUAUAAAUUAAAUCAGUUUAUCACUAAGGCUAGGCUAUGAAAAAUUUAACUUGAAAAAGUGGGGGUAGUUAAAAAUGCUAUUUCCACAGAGAAGCAUUUUUACUUAUUUAGAUUGAAACAAAAUAUUUUUGAAGUUGUUUAUAGUAUUUGCUCAUGGCUUAAAUUAAGAAUGGAAAUCCCAUUUUUGUUUUGUUUGUGUAAACAGAAAUCCAGAAUUUUUUAGCUUUUCUAAACAAAUUUUUAUUUACCCAAGACAAAACUUUUCAAGUACAUACAAUGAAAUCUCAGAAAAUAUUCUUCUUCUUCUAGCCAGAUUUUUGCUGCUGAGCUGUAAGCUCUUUUGCAGACUGCCAAAGAAAAAUAGAAGUAGGCCUACAUACAGUGAAAUCUCAGAACAUUUAAGAUGAUAUAUCCUUAUAUUUUCCAGCACAUAUGCUUUCAGGCCUUAUCAUACUUUACAAUCUAGAAAAUCUUGUUUAAAUACACUUUUUGUAAUUUUUUUUCAGAUUAUCAUUAAGUGCUGUUAAUGUAUUUUAAUUUUGUUCAAAGUGUGCCUCAAAUUUGCAAAGAUUCUUCUUUGAAUUCUCUACAAUUUUCAUCUCAGUUUUAGUGAUAACUUCUUUUUGCAGUUUUCUUUAUCAAGUUAGGUUUAAUUCUAAAUAAAUAUUUGCUUGAGAACCAAAAUACUAACAGAACUGAGGUUGACUGCAUUGUUUUGUUUUUUUUCACUUCAUAUUUUUUUGUCGUGUAUCAAUAAAAGAAAAUUAUUACAAUUAUUAACCCUUUGGACCCUCAGUUCCCUGCCUUUAAUUCCCUAUUCCCAUGAGCUCCACUGGACUGUCAGUCUAAGGUAAGGUGUGUCGAACCGGGCUGAAAUGGCAUGGCUUUUUUUUUACAUAUGGACUGAUAGGCCUAUAUCUGGCAAACAGGCUCAAAGUGUUAAAAAUAUUUAUUUUUUAAAAAUGUAUUCAAUAUGCUAUUAAUGCAGGUUAUGGUUGCUAAAGAAUUCAAGUGUGACUUUAAAUCCAGUAAAAGCUAUUUGAACUUUAAGAAAUCUAGUCUUAAUGAUUUUCACGUCAUGCUUAAACAUAAUUUACUGCCUAGGAAAGAUGGUUCUUGGGAUUGGGGGGGGGGGGGGGGUGUGGUGGCUGAGUGGUUAAGCGUUUGGCUUUCAAACCUGGGGUCCUGGGUUCAAAACUCAGAGAAGACUGGGAUUUGGAUGGUCUUUGAGUCCACCCAUCUCUAAGGGUACCUGACUCUAGUUGGAGAAAGUAAAGGCGGUUGGUCGUUUUGCUGUGCCACGAUGCCCUCCUGUUCGUUAGCCAAAGAAAAGAUGACUUUAAUAUAUCAUCUGCCCUAUAGAUUGCAAAGUCUGAAAGAGGAACUUUAUUAAGAUGGUUAUUAUGUUAGGAUGUUCGGUCAAAUUUCCCAUCCAAUGUCCAUCUGGACAUGUGGUAGCCUAUAUGCACUUUUGACUGCCAUCAUGAUGGUCCAGAGCUCAAAGUCCAUCUCCUGGUGUCCAGUAGUAGGAUUAGAAUGUCCAAAACAUAUAAACAAAUAAAAUGAAAGUCCUAACUCAAGUAGCAGCUAAUCUAACAAUGCUAGCCAAUAAGAUGGACCUAACCUUUAGGUAUGUGAAGCCAUUAUACACAUUUUUUCCAAAUAUUUUAAUUUCAAGAGGAAAGAAAUAGGAAUGAAAAUGUUCAAAAUGUAAUGUAAGCAACUGAAACGCUAUAGGCUUAUAGAUCUAUAUAUUGAGUUAUUUUCAUGUACUUCAAUGGUACUGUUUUUAUGCCAUACUUACACAAUCUCAGUUUUCCCCAAUCUUUUUCCUUGACAGAACACUUCGCACAUUCUGAGUAUUUAACUGAACAUUUUCCCUUAUUUUUCACAUAGAGAUUAAUUCACAAGGAGGCAUACUAGCUAUUUAUUCCAGUAGUUGGUGUUACACCUAAUAAGGCCUCGCAGAAAACAAUAGUUUCGUGGAACACAGUUUGGGAAACACUUCCCUAUCAGAUAUGGGAUGGUUAGAAUGUUAUGGUAUGGAAUUUCCCUUUUCUUCUUAUUGCAUUGCCAAUGGGGGAUGUAUCUGUGACUUUGAUUUGGUCAAGAUUAACUUUCAUAACCUUAGUAUUAAAUCUUUAUAACAAUGAUUUCUGUCAUUUGAUCAGUCAGUUUUUAAUUCUUUACCGUAUUUUGUUUCAGUCUAUCUCUACAACUUUAAUGGCUUGUUCAUUGUGCUUGUAUAAAUAUCAUCAUUAUUUAAAUAUUAUACUACCAUGAAUUUUACUGGUUAUUGCCCCUGACUGUUCUAGGUAUGAUCAAAUCCAUUUUCAUUAUCAUAUUUCAACAGAGACGUUUCAGUUCUCUUGGAAGCCCACUUCGAAUCGUGUGCAAUUUUAAUUCGGAACAUUAUACAAUAAUUAUUAUAAGUAUUUAUUUGUUCUUUUGUUUAAGCAUGUCUCUCUAAUGGUAGAAAUCAGAAGUGCUUGUUUAUUCCUUGUACUGUUGAUCCCCCGAUAGCAAAACUAUCAUUGUUGAGUACUUGUAAAACUUGUAUCAUAUUUUUUUUGUUCUGUUCCCUUCAUUUAGCAAGAUUUUUUUGUUCUUAUCUUUUGGCUCCUUUCAGUCUUUUUUCAAAAAAAAAACAUGAUGUUCUCCUUCAGUUCUCUGCCCUACCAACAAAUUGAUUGUGCUUUGUAUUUGAAUAGGGUCUGAGGUGGACAAAAUCUGGGGGCAGUUGUUUGCUUGAAUCAUGAGAAAAAAAGUUAGCUGUGGAUUAAAUCUUUUUAAAUUCCAAAUAGUGAGGAAGUGGCAUCACAAAAUAUUUCUUUCUGGGUAAAAAACAAAUAUCGAUAAACAAGCAUUGAUAAACAUUAUUCCCCCCCCCCCACCACACACACACUGAAGACCAUGUUUUUACAUUGACCUGCCAUAGUCAGAGUUAUAGUUUGUUUAAACUUAAGUCUUUUUCUCUACGGUUUUAUUUUGUCUGUUGUCACGUGUUGUCUAAGUGUCAACAAAUGGUUUCUCUGAGCAACGACUACUAUUACUCUAUACAGUAGAUAUUGUUACUUUAACCAAUGAAAAUUAACUCUCAUUUUUUUUAAAUCUUUUUUUUUUUAUUUUCAAAUCCAUAUCUUUAUAACUUUUUUGGGUCCUUUGUUCAUUCCCCCCCCCCCUCAUACACACACACCUUUAUCAUCGAAUCUGCAUAGUUUUCUUGUACCCUUUAUCAACAUUCAUCGCUUGUUCGUUAUUUGUUAAUAAUUUAAUUAUUUUUUACUAUUCGUUGCAAAUGAAAAGUCUUUGAUUGCAUAUGUGUGUUUGUACUGACAAGUGCAUUUUAUUGUGAUUUAUAUAAUAUAUGAUACCUUAUUGAUAAAACUGUCUUUUGAUAUAUUCUCUGCUUAGUCUCUUCUAGAUGUGAAGAUAUAUUGGAUUAAAAAAAAAAAGUGUUUUUUUUUUACUUUCAUAUUUUGUGUAUUAUUUAGUAACCAGCCAUUUUUUUUUAAAAAAGGAAAUAAUCGUGUGUAUGUUUAUGCAUUUCGUUUUUGUCACUUGAAGGUUUUCAUAGUCUUGUGUUAAAAAGAAAUUCUUUUAUGCAUAAUUAUUUAUGUGUUGAAAUGCGAUACAGCAUAAAAAUAAAUCCAUUUUUUUAAUACUGUGUACAGUAUGUGUAUGUACAUAUAUAUAUAUAAAUACGAUAUGGAAGUGUUAAUCUCUUUGUUUUUUUCUUAACUCUGUUUUUUUUUUUGUAGAGGGAAAUUUUAUUUAUGGGGAAACGUUUUUAUUUUCUUUUAUUUAUUGAUCAUUUUUUUAAAUCUUGCUUUUCAAUCUGUAAAAAAAUACAUAUUAAUGAAUAAUUGUCUAAUAUUAGACAGAUAAUAAAUAUAUACAUAAAUAUAUCUAUACCUAUACAUAAGUUUUUAAGCAUAUUAUCUUUGUAUGUUUCUAUUCCCUUUUUCUAUAGCAUAUUAAGAUGUAUAGCGUUUUUGUAUGUGUGUUCUCUCUCUGUCUCUCUCCUUUCUUGGAACUAUUGUGAUUUCAACAUUCCAAUUUUCAACAUGUUGAUGCUUGCAUUGUACUGUGGUUUUCAACAAGUUGAUGCUUGUGUUGUUUUAUUUCCUCUUUGUAAAAUAUUCAUUAUUCAGGAAUGAUGGGAAGACACAAACAUUGAUUGCCCUUGAGGGGAUUUUCUUAUGCCAGAAAUGUUUUUUUCUUUUGGUAGCUGACAAGCCAGGGCUAUCUUUCUUGCCUUAACAAUGUCACUUCUGAAGCUUAUAGAAAGGAAAAAGUCUAGAAUCUCCAAACUGAAUGAGGUAUAGAUUGAAUUAAUCAUUGGCUGAAGUUACAACCCUUCAGGUUAUCUGGACAAUAAUUUGAUGUGAAGCACUCUUUUAGAAUGACUCUCAGUGAAUCUUAUCAAACGUUUAUAUCUAGCAAUUAGAACUGAAUGUUUAAGAAUUUAUUUUUGUUUCUAACAAUCCAAUCAUCAAAAUAAUUUUUUUUUCUAAUUUAAUGAUGAAAUUCCAGUUUAUUUAUUUUUUU